UUGAUCCCCUCCCCUUCUCGUGGUCGGCAUCUGGUCUCGCGCGAUGAUUAGAUUAAUUAGAUCGUACGGUUAGAAUUGUCUAGUUUGUAGGAAUUGACUGACUUAUAUUUGUUAUUAUGGCUUCCUUGGUUGCGGAUUACGGGACUUCUUCCGGUUCGGACGGCGAGACGGAUGACAACGUUUCGGAUAAUGCCUUUAAGGGUGUGGAGAAGAUGGAAUCAGACGGGGAGGAUGAAGAAGAAGAGAACAACAAAGAGGAGAACAACAGGGAUAAUGAUGGACACAUAAGAAUAACUGAAACAACAGCUUCCAAAGAAAAGCUUCCAUUACCCACGCCAGAUUUCAACAGCGCGUCCACGUUACUGAGGACUUCAGUAUUCCUAAAUCCAUUUGUUGAGGCGGAGCGAGCAAAGAGCGCAAUCCUGGAGAAGCAUGUAAAGAUGACGCCCACAUUAGACGACACGAAGAUGAUAAACGGUCGCAAGAUUUGCUGGAACUACCGGAAGGGUCGUUGCCGUUUCGGUCACAAUUGUACUUUCGCCCAUGACUCAGAUCUGCAUCGUAGCGCGGCCGAAUUGGAGGCUCUACGAACGCCACAGGAAACGCUGGUCUGUCAAACUCGAUAUAAUGGACAACAGCAGCAGCAGCAGCAGCAACAGCAACAACAGCAGCAGCAGCAACAACAGCAGCAGCAGCAGCAGCAACAGCAGCAGCAGGUACUGCCGCUCGUGAACGACGACGAGAAUGAAAUAGAUCAAGAGAAUAAUCAGACAGCGAACAGAAAGCGUAAGAAAAGACCCGGCCUGUGCCAACUGUUGCUUCCGAGUAAGAAAGUCUAUAAGCAGUUUAAAGCGCAACAACAACAGCAACAACAAACCAAAACUAGAUGAAUACUAUUUCUUUAUUUGAUAUAGUAAUAGGUUGAUAAAAUUGUCUUCUAACCGAGUCGUUGUAUAUUUUUUGCGAAUCGGAAAAUACGCGCAAUAUCUUUCCGAAAUAUUAAACAGAUCUUGCGGACGCUUUUAAUAAACAAAAAUUAUGAAGGAAAUUUGGCAAGAAAUUGUGAGAAAGUAAAAAUUAUAGGAGAAAAGAUCAUAGCGAAUAAUUUUAAAUUCAUUCGUAUAUUACUCUUUUGAGAAUCGAAUUUUCUUCUAUCAAAAAACAAAAUGAAAUCCAUUAGCGUAUAAUGAGAUUAACCGAGAUCUUGCACAUAUCUCGUCUAAGGUCUAGCUUAAUAUUUAAAAGAUUGCGCGAACAAAAAAAAUUGUUAGAUAUAUAAAGGAAAAAGAAAAAAUUCCGACUUAUGCUUCCAAUAUGAAGAAACAUAUGAUGUGUAGAAUAGGAACUUUUAAUUAAGAGAAACUUUUGUCUCAUAUAAAUUCGCAAAAGACUAUUCAAUAUGUGCACAAAACAGGUGCAUGCUGCCUUCUUAAGAUUCAUCUUUUGUAACGCAAUGAACGCAUAAAUCAUGUCUUCUUGUUAUUUCGUUUUCUCAUGUUUAUCAUCUUUAGCUAAUUAUUUACUAAAUAUUUGAUAAUACUGUUUGUGAGAAUACCAAAUAAUAUUUUACGAUUGAAUUCAUACAUAGAGUAUGUAAUAUAAUGAAUCCGACCGAAAUCACAUUUUUACUUCCGGCCGAAAACGAAAACGAAUAUUCGGUUGUCAUUCAAUUUCGGCCAAAAACGAAAUCGAAAUCAAAGCUUAGAUAAGUAAUUUUUCUUAUUACAAGAAAAAGUGAGAAAGAAAAGCUAACGGAGUUACAUUAUUUUUCAGUCGGAGUCGAAAUCGACAUUUUUUUUUUAAUUAAUUUAAUAGAGACCGUAUUGAUUUUCAG